AUGCCACUAGAUUACUCGAAUCCAUUGAUACAAAAGUUUUUAAUUGAAAGACAGCAUCAGGAGAAUUUGAAAUGUAUGAAUUGGUUCCUUAAAAACAAAGAGAAAAUUAUUAAGAAUGCACCGAAAAUUGAGAAUUGCAAGCAUUAUACAACUGAGCAAAUAUCUAAGACGCAUAUGGAGGCUGGUAUGAACAUGUUAAGUAAACAAAAUGAUGUUAGCAUACACCAUCGGCGAAAAACUCCGAUGGAAGACGCUGAAACGACCAUUUUAAACGGAUUCUUUGAGAAAAGCGAAGAGGUUCCGAUUAUGAAACCAGUCGACCCAAAAGAAUCUAGCAUUCUCUACACAGACUUAGCAGCCGGUGGUGGACGAAACGCGUACCUUAAUACAAGACACCACAAAUUGCCUGAAGAUAAAUACACUUUUUGUGUGACUACAUACAACAACUAUGGUUGGAAACUUAAUGAAAAUGAAUUAAAAAGGAGUCCACCAGAGCAUAACCGCUAUAGCAUAUUUGUCCAUGACCUGGUAAGGCGUUCUGGAGCACACCCAGAUCCACCAGAGUCCUUAAAGCCAAAUGAUGCCCAGUAUAAAAAAUGUGUUGGAUUAUAA